CUUUCACUGAGACAGGCUUAUCAUGUCCUUCUUAUCAUUUGGUCUAUUCCGCAUUCUACCAACUACUCUCAUGAUCAGCGCAUCGAAUCUUUGGACAUGGCUCCGAUCAUUCCGAUCAAGUCUUUUGUCCCUCGACAGUCAAGCUUGUCAAUCCUUCACCAGACCAUGCCACAUUCUCCACCUGCAUCAAGCUGAGGUCUCACCAUGUGUUCAACAUUGUAAGCCCUGGUUCACAGAAAGAGACGUUUGGUGUGUCAUUCAACACGAGAUGACAGCUCAAGCGAUACGCCUCGCUCAGACUUUCUACCACUGUACAAAACUCUCAGCAGACCAACAACAACAAGAAUUGAUCUCUCAAGAUCUAAGCUGAUCUGAAAGUAGUCGCGUGUAUAGUCUUGGCCAUGAAGGCAGGUAGGUCGUUACUUUAAAUGACUAGCGUCGGCUUGGUACCAUGACACUCGUGUCGCUAAACCUUGCGCAACAAAGACCCGCUUAGUGUAUGGUGAGAGACUAACAGCGCAUACUGCCACCAUCAUGCAGAGGUCCAAACAUUCGCAAGUAGAGCAUGAGAUACGCAUGUACGCAUUAUG